ACUUUCCACCACCGCACGCCUUAUACAGCGCCCAACGCGGAGGCAGUCACCAAACCAGUAUCGACAAGACUUCAAAACCCUAGACCGGCGACGCGUUCCCCUCUCUCGCCGCCGUAUUCCCCUCCGCCCGCGCGUCUCGCGGACGUCUUCGCGCUCUCCGGCUGCUCUCCCCGGUUCGCCCCACCACCAGCAAUGUCUUCUCAGAUGGAUAACCGCAUCCAGUCCGCUGGAAAGCGCGCGCGCACAGACGGUAGCCGGCGUGAGGACGACUGGAUUUGCCCCAGCUGCAACAACGUCAACUUCGCGUUCCGCACCACCUGCAACAUGCGCAACUGCGACCAGUCCAGGCCCGCCGAGCACACGGCUAUGCAGACUCCACCCCACUACUCGGUGCCAGGGCGGUACAUGCCGCCGGGGACGCCUCCGUCCAUGUACCUCACCGGGGCUCCUCCCCCGUAUGGCUCAAACCUCUAUAAUGGGCAUCCCAUGCCACGCUAUGGCAUUCCUCAGCUCCCUCCGGGCUCUGGACAUCCGUAUGGCUAUGGCGGGCGAGUCCCAAUGGGGAGCCCCUAUGGGCCAAUGCAUAUGGCGGCGCCACCCCCGUAUUCUAGUGGUUCUAUGGUUGGUGCAGGUGCAAUGUACAGCAUCAGCAUGCCCAUGGAUAGAUAUGGCUUGGGCUCACCCGCUGGUCCUGGGGCAAUGGGCACAAGGGCUGGUUCCUAUUCUGACGAAGGCUCACAGAAGAAAUCUGCUGGAGCUGGACGUGAUAAUGAUUGGAAGUGCCCUAAUUGCAACAACAUUAACUUCGCCUUUCGGACAGUCUGUAACAUGAGAAAAUGCAACACACCAAGACCUGACACCCAGGGAUCCAAACCUGACAGUUCAAGAGCUCCAAAACCAAAGACUCCAGAGGGUAGCUGGAAGUGUGAAAAGUGCAAUAACAUAAACUAUCCUUUCCGGACAAAAUGCAACCGUCCAAGUUGUGGGGAAGAAAAGCCAUUGCAGGCAAACAGUCCUGAUGAUCUGGCUACAGAUCAGGACAAUCAGUGAGUCCUAGAACAGUAAUGAGGGUCAAGAAGGUUCAGCGUCGUCGUCAAGUUUCAGUCUGAAUGUCUGGGGUCCAUCUGUGUCCGUAGUCGCUGCUGUCGUUUCAAGUUUCUUCCCCUUGGGACCAUAUAGUUGAGUCACAGCCUAAUGGUAAACGUUGUGAAGUUGGCAACUGGAGUCAUGGCUUUUCAUAUCUCUGCAGAUUUUGAUCAAGAUCAUCCAUUUGUUAAUAUCCUCCUGAAAUUUGUUUGCUUGUCGUGGACCCUGGACUCAGGGGAAAUUGCUAUUUGUUAUAAUGGAUUCUCGCUAUAUAUGUGUCCUAGAUGUCUUUCAUCUGCAGUGAAGUAUUACAUAGACUCCUUGAUUUUUCUCGAUUGGUUUUGUCCAAGUUAUGUUUGUGGUCUUCAGUUUUAACUCAUGUUCCAGUUGGGUAUUGCUGUUAAUGUCUAAUGGCUCGAUAUGGGGGCUUUUUCUUUAAGAAAAAAUCUAAGAGAUGUUUAUGAUAGAUUCUUUCAACGUGGGAUUUUCCCUUCCAUUCAUAGUUAGUUUACUUACUUUUGUAAGUAAUGUUUAGGAGCACUUAGCUUGCACUGUUAGUUCUGUUUUGGAAAUUCUCGACAAUGGGAUAGCGAAGGAUAAGAAAUCGAUAUUUGUGUAUCAGACUUGCAUCAGUAUUUUGGUUGGUCUUACCAAAAAACAAAUAAGAUCUGUUGAACUAACCAGAGCAAAUUCCGCUACAUUUCCCAGUUAUCAAAUUCCACUAGGCAGAUCUGUUCAGACCAUGGUCUGUUUACCUUGCUUUCCGUUCGGUAAUACAUUUGAGGGGAAACUGCUAUCACUGUAGAAACAAUAUUAAUUCUUUCUUAGUACUUGUCAAAUUUCCUUGUUGACGAUUCAUUAUAAUAAUUGGUACAUGCAAUAUGCCAUUUUUCUUGAAAUAAAAAUUGUAGUUAGGCGUGUUGACUCCCUAGAGCUCACCAAUGUCCUGUUGUGUGCAUAUGUUACCAUGUUCUCUGGAGCGUAGCUAAUGCAAGUUUUACCAAUCUGAUGUUUUUGGAUCAAAGAGAUGAUAGAUGAUGGAAGAGUGAGUUGUGCAUAAUCGCAUUAUGGAGUGUGCAUAACCUCGCAUGCUUGGUUGGAUUGGUGCUCUUUGACUGACUGGGUGCCAUUGAAAUUAGUUUUUGUCAUGUAAUAUGGGGAAGCUUUUAUCAAAGCUGCAACUUUCACAUGACUUUGAAGACAGCAGUGUUCUAAUCGACAAGGAUGUUCCCGGGCAGGCUGCUGGACUACCGGUACCGACAAGUUCGCAUGCCCUGCGCAUGGCAGCUCUCAGUGAGCUGCAACACAGUUUAUAAGAUGACAAGUAACCAUUUCAUUUUUCUUUGAAAUCGUCUGUGUGGACCCUUCAUACUCUGUAUCAAGCAAUCGACGGUGUUGCUCACAGCCAUCUUGGUACGGACUUGGAUUGAAAGCUUGGUUUAGAUUUGUUUGGAGUGCAUAUUUUACUUUUGUUUUCAUUCUUAUGAUUUUCUUAUAAUUGUAUAAUUGAGGAUUGGUUGGCUUUGUUGAUUUCUUAUACUCCUUUGAUUCCCUUAUACAAGGCCACUAUGAAAAAUACAAUUUGCAUCUAUACAAGGCAAAAAUUAAUGA